AUGGGUCUGGCGGGAAAUGUCCUGUCACUGUUGACAGUGAGCAAUAUCCUCUUAGGCCUUGUUGCCUAUGUUGCGUUCAAAUUUGGCUGGCAGAUCGUUCAUUAUCGCUUCUUCCACCCACUUGCAAAGUUCCCUGGACCUUUCUGGGGCUCUGUGACUCGUCUUUGGAUCGCAUGGCAUAAUUUGCAGGAGACCGAGGUGCCGACCGUCUAUGCGCUGGCUAAGAAAUAUGGCCCCGUUGUGCGCAUCACCCCGACAUUGUUGCUGGUCAGCGAUCACGAGAAACUACCGGAAAUCUACCACCGCAAUGCAGACAAGACCGGUCAUUAUAUCACCGGAAGCUUCGGCGAGACUGAGUCGCUGUUCAAUAUGAGAUCCCAUAAGACCCAUGCCGUGUCUAGGAAGCACGUUGCUGGACCGUACAGCUUCAGUAACAUCAAGAAGAUGGAGCCGCUGAUUGAUAUGCGCAUCACCGAAUGGACCAACAAGCUCAAUGAAAGAUUCUCCAAGACCGGCGAAGCCUUCGACUUCUCCUGGUGGGCAGUCUACAUGGCCUACGACAUCAUCAGCGAAAUCGGGUUCGGCGAACCCUUCGGCUUCAUCGAAAAAGGCGAAGACAUCGGCGGCCUAAUCCAAGGCUUCCACGACGGCCUACCCGCGUUCGGCCUCCUAUGCCGUCUCCACCCCUUCACCUCCUGGGUGAAAACCACCUUCCUGAAAAAGUACAUGGUCGCCAAGCCCGAAGACAACAGCGGCAUCGGCGUACUUAUGCGCUUCCGCGACCGCCUCAUCGACAAACGCACCAAGGACAUCGAAACCGGCAAGCCGAUCGAGCGCACUGACCUGCUCCAGACCUUCCUCGAGGCUAUCACAGAAGAAGGCAAGCCCCUGGAUCUGGAACACAUCCGCGCGGAGGUUCUGCUCGUCCUUCUGGCUGGCGCCGAUACCACCGGCACCGCAUUCCAGGCCAUGGUGCAGUUCCUCUUGACUCACCCGGAGGCGUAUGAGCGUAUGAUGGCGGAGAUCGACAAUGCAGCUCGGAAGGGUCUGAUAUCCGAUAUGCCCCAGUACAAUGAGGUCCUCGAGCAUCUGCCAUUCUAUGUUGGUUGCGUGAAAGAGACGAUGCGACUUUGUCCGUCUGCGCCGAAUAUCUUCCCCCGCUAUGUCUCGGAGCCUGGGAUGGAUCUUUAUGGUACUUUUGCGCCGGCUGGGACGGAAAUUAGCUGUAAUCCGUACUUGGUGCAUCGGGACCCGAAGCUUUAUGGCGAUGAUGCGGAGGAGUUCAAGCCGGAGAGGUGGUUGGAUGCCGAGAAGGCGAAAUUGUAUAAUAAGUAUAACUUUGCGUUUGGGUAUGGCGCGCGGGUUUGUUUAGGGAGGGAUAUUGCGAUGAUGGAGUUGUUCAAGGGUCCUUUGCAGUUCUUCCGCCUCUAUAAGCCGGAGACUGUUAAGGGCAAGCCCGAGGCCAAGUUUAUAGUCAAAGGUGGUGUUGGGUACUGGAGAGAUACUUGGUUGACCAUCACUCCCCGACCUGAGGUCAAGGCUGAGUGA